AUGCCGUUCAGACCUCCUGAGAAGAUGCUGUCCUCGGACGACGGCGUGGAAUGUGGGCCAUCGUCCGAACGCCAAGUCAGCCCGCCCAGCUCCGCUACCCCGGAGAUCAAGGAAAGCCCUCAGAUGAAUCUCCUCUGGAUCCCGCACGCCAACAGUGCCACUAAGGAUGACGCGAAACCCGACCACCGGGAGAUCAACCGGCGCGCUCAGCAGAAUGCUUUCAUGAAGCGAAGACAAGCUCGCCACGGUAAGGAACCACCACCACGCAGAGUCCGGACUACUCCAUCUCUAUCCUCGGGAGGCGUGGCGCCCAUGAGCGCUGGAGCCACGCCUGAAGCGAUGUACAGUCCCCAAUCGUGGCCCCAAAGCACAAGCUUGACCACGACCAUCAGUGCGUCACAGGACUAUCAAGCCCCAAGUGUCAGGUCGUACCUAGAUUCUCUCCGAAUCGACCCAUUCCAGAGCGGGAAGGUGACGAUGGUUCCACAAAUGGAGAAUAUAUUCAUGUAUUACUUCACGACAAUCAUGCCGGCCGUCGAGCCGGUCCAGAGCGAGCGAGAAGAGUAUAAUUCGUGGCUGGUGCCUCUUACAGCUACCGAGCCUGCCUUGAUGUAUGCCCUGGUCGGGUGCAUGGCGUAUGACAUCGAACAGGUCUCUGUGGUGGGCUUUGGUCCAAACUCGAGGAGGAACUUGACCCAAGAACGUGUCCAUUAUCGCAUCAAGGCGAUCCAGGCUCUCAAUGAAGCCCUCGCAGACCCGAAGAAAGCCACAAGCCCAUCGACGCUUAUUGCGGUGCAUUUUCUGCUUUGGCAAGAGAUCUUUGCGGGCGACGAAUGUGUACAUCUCGACGGUGUCAAAAGACUCCUCGAGCUCAGAGGCGGGUUCGACGGUAUCCAGAGGAAGGCCAUCGAGGCCAUCAUGGUCGGGUCAUCUUGGCGGGCAAUCAGGACUCGGACAAAACCACUUCUCCCUAUGGUCAAGGACGACAUGCCACUUAGCGACGAGGAUUUCCUCCAGGUGCUUGCCGCAAGCGAGCCGAGCAUCGCUAGACUCGGUGAAGGACUUUUGGAACCGCACAUGAGACAGUUCUUCGACGAUGAAUUCUGGCAGCUUUUGCAGGACACACGACACGCCUGGGUAUGCUUCGAACAAAUUGGAAUGCAGAAAUUUGCCCCGGAUGUGAAGAGACACAUCAGCAUCAAACGAGUCAACAUCGAUCACCGCCUUCUCUCAUACCCGUUUGACCACUACGGUACUCCCCGAGCGAUCCAAGAAGUCUGCCGACAGGCUCUCAUUACGUUCUCGAAUGCACACUACAACGUCAUUCAGCCCAGCAGUAAGAUCGCCCGCGGUCUUGUCCAGGACCUUAAGACGGCGCUCGAAGCGACAGACUUGCCAUCGUGCUGGGGCCCCGCCCACGAAGCUCUGCUCUGGGUGCUGUUUGUAGGCGCCCACAUGAGCUACGGAGAACGAGAGCGUCCGUGGUUCGUGGCGGCCCUGGUCCGAGUAACUCAAACCCUCCAACCCCGCGACUGGCUCCGGGUACGAUCGUGGCUGGUCCGAUUUUACUACUCGGACCGGGUAUUCCAGGAUUCGUUCCGCAGGAUAUGGGAAGAAGUUGAGACUCUCUCGACAAUAUUACCCAGAUGGUUCUGA